UCUCUUUCUCUCUCUGGAGGGGGCUCUGCCAUGAGGCUUGCUUGGCUGCUGCUCCUGCUCCUGCUCAGCCACUGUCCCUUCUCCCAGGAGCAAGAGGAGGGAGGCGAAGGCGAUGUCAGGCUCUGCGGGCGAGACUUUGUGCGCGCCGUCGUCUUCACCUGCGGAGGCUCCCGGUAUAGGAGGAUCUCCCCAAAAGAGGACCAGGCGCCCCCGGCCCAGGAGACCCUCGGCUUUCUGCAAAUUACCGGAGACAAAGGACAAGAAAACAAUAAUUUGCUCUCAGCUUUAGAUCCUACCGUGAAUCAGCUGCAAAGUCUCCGCCAACCAGCUAAGGAGCCGUCAUUGAAAGACUUGCUCAUUUUAUAUGAUAACUAUAUUGAAUCUGUUCCUCUUUCUGAUACCUUCACUGAAUAUAUUCGUCACACGGAGGAUGUAGCCCGCAAAAGAGGAGGGGAAACGGAGCCGGAUAAUUCAAACAACCUGAAUCACUUUCCCUGGGUCAAAUACCCACGAAGAAAACGUGACCUUGAGAAGAGGCUGUCCGCAAUAUGCUGUUCUUUGGGAUGCAACCAAUCACUUCUUAGCAGACUAUGUUGAGAAUAUGCACGUUUAGUUUUCCAAGAACAGACUUACAGGCAGUUACAACACUACUUAGCUAUAUAGAAUCAUAGAGACUUUGCGGGCCAUCCAGUCCAACCCCCUGUUAUUAUGUCCUUGUUUCUUUUUAGCCACCCUAUAGACAAGGCAUGGGCAAACUUUGGCCCUCCAGGUGUUUUGGACUCCAACUCCCACAAUUCCUAACAGCCUCAGGCCUCUUCCUUUCCCCCCUGAGCCGCUUAAUCUUUUUAUUGGAACCAUAUUCUGUGCUUAUCAUAUUUGUACAAUUUUAAUAAAAACAUUUUCCCUUAAAA